AUGGGGUUUUCGACCGCAGCUAUAGUUGAUUUCGUACUGAUAUCUGUAAAUUUUGGAACAUCGCUAGUGUUAUUCAUAAUCUACACUACGAAAUUGUUUCAGCGAAGAUUUUAUUUGUUGUUGGUGAGUUAUGAGAUGCCUUGAAUUGGAAAAAUAAAUCAUCAACAUUUGUUUAUUUUUAGGAACAUCAAUGGCUUAUCAAUCAAUUAUUUUGGUUCCUUUCAUUGAUGUUAAUGCUCACAAUACUUUUGAGUUUCAUCCCUCAAGUCAUAGUUCUAAUCGCUGGACCAGAACUUCAAGCAACAACUUAUAUCUCUGUGAUAAUGUUAAUUGCUGCGAGUUCUAUAAAUUCAGUUAUCAGUGGAAUCAUACCAUUGUUAACUUCAUUUUGGGUUUUUCUCUACAUCAAUCUUCGGUUUUUCCAUAGAAUUCUUGAUAUUCAACAUCCAUUUUUGUUCAAGAAAAAGAUUCAGAUGGCGAUUGUAAUUGGUGUUUCUAUUUUUUGCAUGUGGAUACAGAAAAAACUUGCAGCGGAUUGUCAAAAUACAGGAGACAGGCAAUGUGAAUUUCAUAUGGUUAGAAUGUUUUUCUAUUUUUUUCUUGAAGCCACUUAACUUUUUCAGAUGUUUCGAUCAAAUCUGACAUGUACUCGUUCAUUUUUGGCGUCUAAAAAUAUGAAUACUGUGAAAACGAACAUGCUGUUCGAGUUGUUCAACACAGGAAGUAUCCCUUUUGUAUUUUUGUGCUCUUUAGGAUUCCGCUUGAUUAUGCAAACAUCUGAGCAAAUUGCGGGUUUGGACAAGUCGAAAGAAAUUUUCGGCGUCUUUCAGUUUUCACCGAUCUUUGUGUAUGGGCUUGUGAGUUGUUUUUCUAAACAUGAGUCUCUGUAAUGUUUUAUUAUUUACAGAUUCGCUUUUUUCUCGCGCCAAUUUAUCUCAUCUACACUCCUGGAUCGUUUCCACCAUAUGAUGCUCUAGCACAUUUGAUCUUUUGCAAUACUUCCUCAAUUUUCCGAUUCUUGAUUCCUCUAACAUUUCUCUUCACCAACACCAAAUUCGCUGCAAAAUUGUGGAAGAAACCGUUUCUGAAUGGUACAGCGAAUCAAGUUUAUAUUAUUCAACAGCAGAAAAACAAGGAAACUGAAGAAUGA